UCUGUUUUAUUCAAGAUCUUAGUCGUGAAGUGGAAUUAUUGUGUCAUUUUUUAUUAUUUUGCAAAAUUUAAGUGCGCAAUGAAUUUCAAUCGUGAUUUAAGAUGAAAACACAGCAGAAAGGAAUAUAUUAUUUAAUGCCAUCUAUGACGUGGCUAUGAAUUGAAGAUUUUCGAAGUGACGACUACAAUCAAUUAUCGAAAUAAGCUCCUGUGUUUUGCGGUUUAAGAAAAGAAUGUUUUCAAAGAUUUUACUAUAUAGGCAUUUAGAAAAACUUCAGACCCGUGGGGUGGGACCACUUUUGACCCCAGUGACAUUACAAUACCGAAAAGUGUUGCUUUGUAUUGAAUACAAUCUCAUGGCAAAACAAUGGCCUCUUAUCGGGAAUUAUUAGGGAAUGAAGAAGCCCAGAACUGGGUUAAGGCAGCCCUCGCCCUCAAUAUAACCAAGGAGGGUCUAAAGGGUCUUGUAGAUGACGUGCUGACAUGCGUUCACCAGGACAUCUAUAGCACCGUUAGAACAUCCAAGGGUCUUUCAUCCGGGGCAGCAUGUGCACAUUGUUUCACAGAAAACGUGUUGAAGUGCCCAACUCGUGGGAUAUGCACCAGUACUAGAAACUGUAGAUUUCAUAACUGUCCUCAAAAACUGUAUGCUCCUUGUCCAAAUGGGAUUUGUGAAGGCGUCCGUGAUGAAAUAGUCAAACAUCACAGGUUUUCGGGACCAUCAUGGAAGAAUACGAAUGCCGACAAAUGGAGCACCAUUCCCUGGGAGAUAGGCAAGUGUUUCCUGCCUCCUGAUGGCUACAAUACCGUGUCCUCCAUCAAAGACAGUGACUUUAACGGAGUGAUCAGCGUCAUGAUAAAUUGCGAGGAUUUCAAAACCAAACUGUCGUUUAACGUUGCGACACAGCAAAAUUUAUUAACAGAGGUUCGGGACAUUGGUCGACGCGUACGCCAUUCCCAUGACCAGAGGGUCAAGGACACAGAACUAGUGGACUUCCUGUUCAAGCUACGCACCCUGCUGGAGGAUAAGACUGAACUAAUAAACCGAUCCGAGGCACAACACGCUGUGGAUCAGCUUAAGAAGCUGCAAACAGACGAUUUCAAGAUCAGUGCUGAGAACGAAGGGGAGAUAUUGAAGGAAGGAUUACGACUACGUUUGGCAAACCAUUACCGAACCACGUUGGCCGACAUGCCGAUAUCUCCCAUUCUCGGAGAAAAGAACGCCAAACUCAGGAAAUUCUACGUGGCACCGAAAAUUGUGGAGAAAGAUCAUCGAAAAAUCGGCAAAAUUGACAACAAAGAAAGCGGUAAAGAUGUUGCAAAGUUUUCAGAUGUUUUCUUAAAAGAAGAUCAGUUGCUCAGAAAUGUUUUCCUUGUUGGUGAACCGGGCAAUGGCAAAUCUACAUUCUCCGUAAUGUGUGCCCUGGAUUGGACUCACCAGUAUUUACCAGCGGAGGAAAACGUUGGUAUAAAAACAAGCUAUGUCGACCCAGAAUUCUUCAAAGAGUUUGCAUUUUUGUUUCGUGUCACCCUACGAGAUUCAGGUAAAACGUGUGAUCUAGCAGAAAUGAUCAAGGAUCAACUUAUACGUAAAAUCUACCACGAGAAGGAUGCCGAUGAUGGUUACCGGCUUUUACAGACGGUGCUGGAAAGUGAAACAUGUUUAAUCAUAGCUGACGGCCUCGACGAAUGGACCCAUCCGGAAAACGUAAACUGUACCUGCAACACUGAGGAAAAAGUCAUUCCUUUCCGAAAUUCGGCCAAUAAGGCCACACUCCUCACGACAACGCGUCCCUGGCGACUGUCACAGUUUAGAGUGCAGGAUUCAAAGAUCGACAAAUAUCUUGAAAUAGAAGGAGCUGCAGACACAGAGCAACUCGUGGAAAAUAUCAUCAACAUUCUUAAUGGGGGAAAUGAGGAUGAACGGACACCAGAGGCUUUCAUGGAAAUGGCGUGGGAGAAGGAUCUUGAAGGAUUAUUGUCAGCACCUAUCAGUAUCACCCAGCUCGUGUGCCUGUGGUUCGAGGGCAAAUCGUUAACCGAUUCAAAAUGUGACAUUUAUGCUGGCGUGAUAAACAUGCUAUCAUGUAGAUGUAGUUAUAUGCAACGGAAGCAUAAAAUUCCGAAAAUUGAACUGCCAUCUGUAUUAAACGAACAUGAAUGCUUCGUGACAAAUCCCAUGGUUUAUCUUGCGCUGGCAAAGUUAGCAUACACAACUUUGUAUUCAGAGUGCAGAGAUUCGUCUGUUGUUUUCAGCGACAAAACAGUCAACGCUUUGUUAAGCAGGGAGCAGGUUGAAUUUGCAUUGAAGUCUGGCUUACUCACGGAGAAGAAAUCCAACUCAUUGAUCAAGAGAUCAUCUCACUUUUCAUUCUUUCAUAAAACACUUCAAGAGUUUUUAGCGGCUCUUCAUUUAUGUUUGAAUGAAAACGACUUCAGUCAGCUAUCAAACAAGUACGAACACGAUAAUAAGGAAAAUAUCUUGGGAGAUGUUUUUCAGACAUUUAUUUUCAUAUGUGGAAUGAAGCCCGAGCUCGGUGUACAAAUGUCUUCAUGGAUAAAAAGUUCUAGACCACCAUACCGACCAUCAAUCGACUAUGAAGAGGCUAGACUACUUCAGCACCUGAUUCUCUCCGGACUCCGUGAAGCCAGGGCGAACAACUAUGGUGACAUACCGCUCUAUCUCGCACACUUCGAGAUUGAUGAGAGUGACGAGGAUGUCGUAGUGUUAAAAAAGCUGAUGAUGAUAAACAAGGAACGUAUUCAGUCACUAGACAUCAGUGAAUGCAAUGAUCAAAUUAAUGGGGAAGAGCUGCAGGAGGUGAUCACAUCCUCCUCCGACUCCCUCAUAGCAGUGAAACUGUUGUACCGUGAAGGGCAGUAUGACCUGUCCCAGUGUCACAGGCUGGAAUAUCUGUGGAUAGAUGGAGACAAUACAACACGUGUGCAGGUUGAUCCAACAAAUAUUACAACAUGUGACUUAUAUGGUGUAUCAUCGAAUGUUGAAAUGUACAUAUUUAGAUUAUUUAAACACGAUCAAAGGUGGAGUAAACUACAACGUGUUAAGUUAGAUAGAGUUAAGAAUGUCCAGUUACUUGUGGAUACACUACUAAGUUUCCCUCAGUUACAACGCCUUCACAUAGAGAAUACAGAUCUAGGUGAGCUCCACCUCCUUCCUCCAGCCUCCAUCACCGAUAUUACACUAUUUGAUGUGACAAUGACAGCGGAGGCGGUGCGGAGUCUGAUAGAGACGAUGAAGAACAUACCACACGCCAUUACAUGCUACAUGGGGUCCUGCACGGUGGAACCUGCCAGUGAGAUGAAAGACAUCCGAGAACAUAUGGAGAGUUCGCCGUCAUUCGAGGUUCUCAUGUUUCACGAUAGGAGUGAAGGGCUUCAUUUCAGAUUCACCAAAAUGUGAACAAUAAGUUAAAUGUUAGCAUCGAUUAUGGGAAUUCAUAUUUGAUGAAAAACAGUGAAACGAUCAAUGGGGAAGUGUCAUUCUAUUUAUAGAUAUGUAUGUCACUUUUUCCAGGAACUAAUUAUUAUCAACCACUUUCUAUGUGUAUUCAGUUAAUUUGAUUUAUGUUGUGUAUUUAUUUGCAUCCAAAAAUAGAUUUAACUGUACACAGCAAUGUCGUUGGGGCUGGUGUUAUUAAAUAUAUCGAACUUGGAUGAAAACUUUCUUUUUAUACGCCCGAAGGGUCGUAUUAUGUUAUGGCCUCCAUCGUCUGUCCGUCCGUCUGUCUGUCUGUCCGUCCGUUAGCAAUUCCGUGUCCGGGCCAUAACUUGGUAACUAAUAAAGCGAUUUUCAAAUAACUUUAUGCAAAUCAUCACUACAUUAAAAGGAUGUGUCGCGCGCAAUUUCCAGGUCCAUACCUCAAAGACUAGAAUCACCAUGGGGGUGCGUUAGCAAAUCCGUGUCCGGGCCACAACUUGGUCACUAAUAAGUCAUUUUCAAAUAACUUUAUACAAAGCAUCAUUACAUUAAAAGGAUGUGUCGCGCGCAAUUUCCAGGUCCAUACCUCAAACACUAGAAUCACCAUGGGGGGGGGGCGUUAGCAAUUCUGUGUCCGGGCCACAUCUUUGUUACUCGUCCGUUAGCAAUUCCGUGUCCAGGCCAUAACUUGGUAACUAAUAAAGCGAUUUUCAAAUAACUUUAUACAAAUCAUCACUACAUUUAAAGGACCUCAAGCCGAAUCUUCUUCGGGCGUAUAAUGCUCCGUUUCGCGGUGCUCUUGUUUAAUUAUAACACAACAGUCCGUAAUCAACACGUGCAAUAGUCGGUUCAACUUGAUGGACAUUUUUUUAAAAGAAUCCCUCAAUAAAUCAACUAAUGUCCUAGUUUAAUGUGAUAUCAUUUGAUAAAUGUUAAGUACUUACUUCGCUAAGAGAUUAUUAAUUGAUAUGGAAUAUUUAACUUAUUUCUUUAUUCACAAUGGCAUUCUAGCUCAGCUGUUUUUUAUAUUCUGUAUUAUAGAAAUGUAUCAAUAACACGUUGACUUUUUUAAUUUUUAUUAUCUAUUACAUAAAUUUUACAUUAUUAUAAUGCUAUCUACAAAACUAUGAUAUCAUUUAUGCACCAGUCAAUUGUAACCACGGCCAUCAGGUCCGGGGGUAUACCGGGGAAAGGCGGGGAAAUUGGCCGCGUUUUUACCUUCCAGGUGGCCCUGCAGUGCCGUGUGAGUGCGGUGGUUUUGUCUUCGCGCCAAAUAUAGCGAGGAAUUGGCCUUACCUAGGGUGCCUGGGGUGCGAGGGCAUUAAACGGGGACCUUACCAGCAAUUCGUCCCCGCAAGACGGGGAUUUUACCCGGGCUUGGCAGGAACGAAAGUCAAAGUCCCCGCUAUUCCCCGGACCUGGGGGAGGGGCGUAGUUAUAAUUGACUGGUGCAUUAUCGACAAAUGCUUCAAAGGAAAUACCCAAACAAUAAACACAUUGAGUUACCUAAAUAAUAGAAUAUACAAUGCCCUAUUAUUAAACAUGUCACACAAUUGGAGUAUUAUUGAAGAAGAUAUGAAUAAAUGUUGAAAAUAUU